AUGGCCGAGCAUAUGUCACAAAGUGAACUGGACUACCCUUUCAAACUGUUAGAAUAUUGCAAUGGUUUCAGAAUCUCUAAGGUGAUCUCGUCUGCUUGUGAGUUAGGAGUAUUUGAGCUCCUACUGCAUUCACAGAGGCCAAUGACUGCCCGUGAUUUGGCACUGGAAUUGGGUGCCAGUGAGGAUGGGAUGGAACGCUUACUGGAUGUACUGGUUGGCAUAGAGAUCCUGGAUGUGGAGCUAGUGGAGGGCACAGCUUGUUACAGCAGCACGGACGUUGCUAACCUUUACCUGGCAAAAUCCAGCCCAAAAUCUCUGCAUGACAUGAUCAUCUACCAAUCACAGACCAUCUACCCACUCUGGAACCAUUUGGUGGAUGCUGUUAGGGAGGGAAAGAAUCAGUAUGAGAGAACCUUUGGUGUCUCAUCAGAGGACACGUUCUCUGCUAUUUACAGGUCAGAGGAGGAGAUGCUGAAGUUCAUGGGUCUAAUGAAUUCUACCUGGGUAAUUGAUGGACAGGACAUUGUGACAGCCUUCGAUCUUUCCUGCUUUAAAGCCAUAAUAGAUCUUGGAGGCUGUUCUGGUGCCCUGGCCCGGGCUCUGUCUAAAGUGUACCCAUCCUCUACAGUGACUGUUCUAGAUGUGCCACAAGUGGUCCAAAUGGCCAAGCAGCACUUCUCUGAGUCUGAUGACACUAUCCAGUUUGUAGAGGGGGACUUCUUUAAUGGUGAGAUACCUGCUGCUGAUCUUUAUAUUUUGGCCCGAAUCAUUCAUGACUGGAAGGAGGAGAAGAGUCUGCAGUUACUGAAAAAGAUUCAUUCAUCCUGUCAGCCAGGUGGUGGGGUAUUGAUAGUUGAAGCCCUGUUGUUUGAGAACCGACGUGGUCCCAUCAUGGCUCAGAUCUUCUCUCUCAACAUGCUGAUUCAAACUGAGGGCAGAGAGCACCCUCCAUCACGUUAUUCCCGCAUGCUGACCGAGGCUGGCUUCAAAGAUAUACAGGUGUCCCGGACGGGAAAGUCUUACGACGCCAUCUUAGCUCUAAAAUAA